UAAAAAUGUACUUUUAACUACUUGGUGCUUCAAAAUUGAAAAGUAUAGCAUCAAUCUCUGGUUCAGUCAGUUUUAAAAUAUCAAAUUUUGUUUGUUUUACUUUAGGGCCAACCUGAAAGCAUCUUAUGUGUCUCUUGGCAUGAAGCCUCUCAUGCCAACAAGAGUUGGUGGAACAAGAUGGGUGGGCCACCAUCUGCGUGCACUGCAGAACCUCAUGAUGGGGUAUGAGGCUAUCAAGCAACAUUUAGAGCAGGUUGGGAGUCCCACUGAAACAGUAACCGCUUCCACCAGUGGAAAAGCAAAAGGUCUCCUUAAGUUACUUUCUUCGCAGCGUGUGAUGAAGUAUGCGUUCUUUCUGGCUGAUGUUCUCACAGUGCUGGCCAGAAUGUCGAAGAGGUUCCAGGAGAGGACCUGUUCAGCUUCCGAUAUUCACUCCAUCCUGAAAGAGUCAUGCACUUUGCUUGAGCAAAACAAGACUGUUGAUGGUCCAUACCUCACUAAUGCCCUAGCCAUGUUCAAGUCAGAUGAGUCUGACAUGACUGUACAAGGUGAAGCUGCUGAAGACAUAUCUGUACCCAGGACGACCUUCCCGCAACGCCUUAUCGACAGUUUGCGAGGUCGGUUUGAGUCCGACAACAGGGAUGUAAUUGGGGCCACAAAAAUUGCAAAUUUCAUGUCCUGGCCUCUACCUGAAGACCGUGAAUACAUCAGAGUGUUUGGUGAUGACUGCUUCCGGUCUAUCCUGGACCAUUACAGUGAGAUUGUUAAGGAUGCAGGCAUUGAUACAGCAACAGCUCAUGUCGAAUGCUCUGCUCUCAAGUCUGAACUUUACUCGAAUAGGCCCAGUGAGAUCAGGUCUCUCACUUGGGACAGAGUUCACAGACUUCAUUCUUCUUCAUUCGGGACCAUUCUUGCUGUGAUGGACCUGGUUCUUACCAUACCAGGUUCAUCAGCAGAAUAUGAGCGAGGCUUUCGACAAGUCAAGAUCAUCAAGACAGAUGUCCGGUCAACACUAGUAGAGGCCUCUCUAUCUGAUCAACUCAAGAUCAAGUUGAUGGCCCCUUCCAUUGAAGAGUAAUUUUCCAGUUUUGCAUGUUUAGAUUGAGACAUUUGCUAGUGUGUCUGUUUUACUCAUCAUUUUUUCUUAUGUGUUCUCACUUCACUUCAGUGCUAUGAAAAUGAAUCAUUAUAUUUUUAGUUUUGAUCCAGUCCCAGCAAUCCACCUGUGGAACAGGCAGAAGGCAAGGAG